UUACUGUAACACACGAGCGCACACACAUAGUUCCCAUUAAGGAAAUGUGGUGUUUCAUGAUAAAGCGCUGUUAAAAAGUAAAGUGUGUGAAUUGAGGAUCAGUGUUUGUGUCGUCUCGGCUGGAGAAACACAGCUUUAAGCAUGCUCUUCAUCCUCUUCUUCCUCGUGUCUCGACACUCCGUGGUCAUGUCCAGCAAUGGUUGCCACAGUGACAGGGACAAAGACCACCGCCCCCGUGUGAGCUGUGUGACUCAGGGUCUAACCGCAGUGCCUGAUGGGAUAGAUCCUGGAACACAGACACUUGUCCUUUCCCAGAAUGCUCUUGACUCUCUCUCUUGGGCCAACUACACCAUUUUCACACAGCUGCAUGAGUUGGACUUGAGCCAAAAUUUGAUUAGCACCAUCGACCAAUCAGGUCCUGUGAUGAAUAACCUGCGUGUGUUGCGGCUGACUAAUAACACACUGACUUGUUUGGGUGGAGGUACAUUUAAAUCCACUCCAUCUCUCAUGGAGAUCUAUUUAGAUGGAAACACAAUCAGUUCCCUGGACAAUGAAGCAUUUCGUGACUUGCCGAACCUAGAGGUCAUUAACCUUUCCCGUAACAAGCUGCACAUUCUGCCCCCCCACCUGCUUCAGCACAUUUCCUCCAGCGGCCUAAAGCACUUUGACCUGGAAGAGAAUCAUGUCCAGCACCUUCCGGAUGAUUUUUUUACUUCAAAACCUGAACUCCCGUAUGUCUACCUUUCCAAAAAUGACUGGGUUUGCACCUGCCAGGUGAGUUACCUGCAGCGAUACCUGGAUGAUCAGGGUCAUAACGUUUACAAACACACAGGGGCUUUGGCCAUUGAGAAUGCUGUGGACAGUGUGGUGUGUUCUGCUCCGCCCAGACUUCAGGGUCAAGCUAUAGUGGACCUAUCAGAGGAGGAGUACUGCAGUUCACAUAGUGACUCACCACUGGGGGACAUGAUACCACUAGUUUUCCCAACAACUACGUUGAAUAAUGCUGAAUACGAAACCCCUUCUAUUUCAAUUGAACUAAAAAGCAUGAACCCAACAACUAUUCCAGCAAUAACCACUGAACCAGCUACACAAGAAGGCACUACUUCAAUUACUAAUACACCAAGAUAUACAUCAACAGCCGUUCAACAAAAUACACCCACUGAAGAAACUUCAGCAACAACUACGCCAAAGAUUAUCGAGUCUAGUACUACUCCUGGUUUCACUAGCUUAACCAACGAAAAAUCAACUACUACUACUACAUCAACAACCAUUCAACCAACUACACCAAUAACCACUGAUCCAACCACAUCAAUAAAUAUUACACCAACAACCUCGCAAACAACCUUUCACCCAACUACACCAGAGACUGCUAAGUCCAAAACUACACCUGUUCCGACUACACUAGCAACCAACAACCCAACAACUAGUAAUGCAGUUACCACAGUGGCACAGCUAGGAGGAGAGAUUCUCUCAGCGCAUGCUGAUGGCCAGCACUCAGUGCCAUGGUGCUGGUGGUUGUUUAUUACUGUUUUGCUGUUAUGUAUUUUCUCUGCCAUUUUCUCCAGCAUGCUGUUCCUGUGGCUUAUCAUCGCUUAUAUCAAACUUUACCAACCAAUCAAACGGCACAUCCAUGGCAGGCCGGAGGUGACACUGAAGGCGUACCAGGCCACAGUGGAUCCGUCACCGGUAGUGGGCAGACAUGAGGCAGAGAGAGUCCCGUUUUUACCCCGAGAGAUGAUACGAGAAACUCAACCAGUGUUCCGUUCUGUGCUGUUCAUCUCGAAAGGAGAUGAGGAUGGUGAAUCAGAUGAAUGGAGAGAGGGAAUGAGGAACAAAAAUGAAGAAAAGAAAAGAGAAACUGCUGCAGUGACUAAAAUAGACCUGCUGCCGGCAGUGACUCUGCACAGAGAGCGAGAGACGGAAGCCAAAGACAGGGAGGAAGUGUUUAGGAAAACUUUAUACAGGGUGAUAAGCAGAGAGGAAGAGAUAGAAGGAUGGAAAGAAGUAGAGGAGAACUGCUGGAUGGAGGAAAGAGACAAAGCUAGAAAAGAGGAAGAACUGGAGAGAGGAAAGACACGGUAUAGCCUGAUCCUCAGGGAGGAGAGAGGGAGUCUAAUGGAGGACAAAAGCGACGGGACAGAAUGGCUGGUGGGUGAGUGGGAGAUGAGAGGAGGAGUACACACAAGCUUGGGGUCUUUAAUGAGGAUGAAAGAAGGGGGUGGUCUUUCUGACUCCACCCACAUGGACACAACUGGGCCAGUGGCAGAAACCUCAGUCUGAGUUUUGUUCUUAAUGAUGUUCUCACAGUCAAAAAUAUAAAUUGCUAUUUCUAUUCAGUAUAUACUGUAUAUAUAUACAGUAGUUGUGUUUCUGAGAGGUUUUUUCUUUUAUAAAAAAUAGCCACAUUUGUUUAUUUUCUUGAAAUGAAAUUUUACUGUUUAAAAAUAUUUAAUUUUGUAAAAUUACUGAACAAUAAAAACAUUUGUUUCCUAA